CUAUAUUAUGCUAACCGACUAUGAAUCAUUUUUUAAUCGAUUUUAAUCUGAUUAUUCUCCGUUUUUUACAUGGACAGGGGCUAGCAAUGUUUCGAGCUCAAAUCGUAACUGCGGGUAUGACUAAUUUAAAAAAUCUGCGUGACCGUAACCGUGACUGUGACCGAUUUUGAAAAAUUUCCGUGACCGUGACCGUGACCGUGACUAAAAAUCAUGGUCACGCAGUUCUCUAGUGCUGUGGCUUACUAAAAGAUAAUAACAUAUUCUUAUAAUAUUUUGUCGGUUUAUCUCAGAAGUACAUUCAACUAAGAGAAAUAGAUGUAGUGCUGAAAUCUCGUAACGAUAGAUGUCAGAAGGUAUUGAGGAAAACUUCAAGGCAAUAUGUUGGAAUGGUUAUAUCUUCUUAUUUCUGCGAAUAGAUUCUAUCCAAUAUCCCAUCCAGCGUUCCGAAUGGCAAGUGUACAUCCUUUGUCUAUACACUUUGAACACUUAGUGAAACAAAGAAAAUUCGUUGUUUGUACACUCUGAGUCAUCGUUUCAUUCGGAACACUGAUCCCAUCCCAUAUUUCUCAUAUAUUUCGAAUACAGCUUAAUUAAGUUUAUUUUACGAUUCUGUACAAAAUCUCGUGCAAUGGAAUAUAAAAAGAAAAUAUUUUUUAAAGCUUUGAUAGAACAAACAUAUUUAGAUACAGUAGUUGUUUUUCAUUUAUAUAAAUACAUCAAUUAUUGGUUUUUAAAUAAUAAACUAUUUUUAUUUUAUUGUUUUUCAGAUGCAGUGUGGAACUUUAAUACUUGAAGAUGAUUCUGAAUUCCAUGGUUUUGUAUUUGGAGCGUCAACUAAUGCUACAGAUGAAGUCGUAUCUCAAACUGGUAUAGUCGGUUAUGUAGAAUCAUUAACUGAUCCAUCUUAUUGUGGAGAAAUUCUAGUCCUUAUUUUUCCACUUAUUGGCAAUUAUGGUGUACCCGAUGAAAAAGCUGUUGAUGAUUUUGGAAUUGAUACACGUAUGUUAACUAAAAAACGUCGUGAACAUGGAACAAUGCUUGGAAAAAUUGUUAUGAAAGGAACUGAUCCAAUAUCAAUUCCAUUUCAAGAUCAAAAUAAAGCUAAUCUUAUGAUGCAAGUUUCUUUUCAAGUAAGUAAACUUUUUUAG